CCAUCACUAAUUCCAUGAAUGAAACAAGUUUGACAUUGACAGCUCUCGAAAUCCUAACCUACCGAACUAUUUUCUAAAAACGUAAAAGAUAUUUACAAAAAUAAAUAAUUAAAACAAACUAUUAAAUAUGAAGAAUGGACGAUAAUGGGAAGCACACGUCCUCGUAUCAACUGGACCAAGAAAUUUUGGAUGCGCGCGGUAUCAGCAUGUCGGUGUCGGAAGUGGCGGGGCUGUCCACCUGCAAGUACUCGGAGCGCGUGCAGGCGCUGCGGCUUAGCGAUGAUGACCUCGCCUUCCUGAAGGGGCUGAGGCGACGGAUUAAGAAUAGGCUAGCAUCCCAAAACAGUCGUCGCCGCAGCGUCGAACACUUGCGUCGGUUGGCUCGCGAACUCCGCGCAGUCAGAGCUUGUAGGGACGACGCGUUAGCUGAACGACGCACCCUCGUGUCGCAACGCGAUGCUUUAAGAGACAGCUGUGUUAGUCUCCGGCGGUAUGUUGUGCAGAGACUACAGGAACGCUCAGAUACCACAGAAGUGCCAAUCCUAGAUUUAGAUAUAAAUAAAGAAUCUCAAUUAACCCUACCUGUCAAAAAAGUCACUGUCACAGAAACGAAAACGCCAUUACUGUCAGAAUGCUUCGACAAAACCAUAGACGCCAUAGACAACAACAUAUUCGAAUGUCGCAUAGACAAAUUAGUCCAGCAAAGCGUGAACCAUAUAUUCAAAAAUGAGUCGGUCGAAAAGAAAAAGGUUUUUGCUAAAACAGUUUUUAUAUCGAAUGAUAAGUUGUCUUCCGAUAUUAAGUCUAUGGUUCUGAGUGAAGGGGAGGGGUUGAAGAUUUUAGAAGAAGAUGAUGGAGUGUUAAAUUUGUCUCUGAAGGAGGGUAGACGGAAAAGUCAUGGGAGGAAGCAGUUGGCGCCGAGACGGAUUGCCUAUGUUUAUACGGAUAAUAACGAUGGCGUCCUCGAUCUAAAAAUAAAGAAGGAGAAUCAGUGACACGAACCAAUUUACAAAUAAGUUAGGUUUUAUAUAUACAUAUAAAUAAAUAUAUACUAUACAUACACUAUACAGACCAAAAAUAUAGUUUAUAAUGGCGGGAACAUUACUUUUAAGCAAAUCUUAUAUACUAUGUGCCUUUAUUUGCUUUGUAUGCUGUUUUUUUGGGGACAAUUUCCCGCAUCUGGAUAACAUAUAUGUUACAGCCUUUGUAUCGUCCCACUGCUGGGCUGCGGCUUCCUCUCACACGGAGAAGAAUUGAGCAUUAAUCACCACGCUUGCUCAAUGCGGGUUGGAUAAAUAUAUAGGAUACUUUAAUUUUUUCUUAACAAAUACAUAGGUACAUAAUUUGUUUUAAGUUGGAUCGCAAUUUAUAUACAAUUAUGAGUGUCGGUUUCACCCGUAUCAGUAGGGAGUUUCUUCCCGUACCUGGAUAAAAAUAACCCUUUCUAAGACAAUAAUUUAUAUGUGUGCCAAAUAUUUCUGCCAUACUAUAUAACUUACUUUUUGACCUCCAACGCAAAAAAAGUGGCUCUAAGUUUAGGCACUGUUGGCCCUAUUACAAAAUCUUAAACAUCUGUUGAACACUUGUCUAAGAUGUGUGGCUGCAAAACGGACCUUAUUUAAAUGUCAUCUGUAAUUUUUUUAGACAAGUGUUCAACAGAUGUUUAAAAGUUUUUGUGGUAAGACGGUAUGUGUUUCUGUCUAUCUAUGGCAACUUAGUUCUUAAACAGUUGAACUGAUUUGGAUAUCUUUAUUAUUUUUUUUUCUCUUACUUUUUUUUCGAUACUUACCUAUAUUUUUUAUUUUCGAAAGUUUUUUUAGCAAAUAAAGGCACUAGUAUGUUAGGUAACAAGGUUAUAUAGGAUAAAAUAUAAACUUGUACUAGAAAAUAUGCAGAGCGAUGUUUUUGUAAUUCUACUCCACUGAAGUUACUGAGACUAAGUUUUUUUAACCUACUUCCCAAAGGAGGUUUUCAAUAAGACUUCCUUAAAUAUUUUUCUGCAAUGUAACCCAUUGUUAUAAUAAUGGUCUCAAGAUAGUUAAAUUGUCGGGUCUCGGCUGUCAUUUGAACAUCUUUGGCAGUCGUUACGGGUAGUCAGAAGCCUGAAAAUCGGAUAGCCAGUCAUACCAAGGCGUAUUGUGUUGCCCGUGUAACUGGGUUGAGGAGGUCAGAUAGGCAGUCGAUUCUUGUGACACACUGGUACUCAGCUGCAUGCGGUUAGACUGGAAGCUGACCCCAACAUAGUUAGGAAAAGGUUGAGCAGAUCAUGAUGGUCUCAACAUAGCCUUGUAUAUUUUCUAUUAUAUGUGUUUAAAGCUAUAAUGAUAUAAGAAAUAAUGAAAAAAAUACAUCACACAACAAUUGCAUAGUAAAUGAAUAAAACAAAAAUUCAAUACCGACUAAAUUCAAUCCUUUUAAAAUAUACAUACCUUAAAAAAAAAUGUAUGAACAUAGUCAAUAUGAAAAAAGAACGUUAUAAAAACACAAUGAUAUUUUAAUACGUUCGCACCAAAUAACUUUACAACUGUGAAGUUAGCCAUUAGAAUCGUUGCGCAUUUGUUCGUACAGAUAUUGUCAAGAAGCUUUGCUUGUCCGAAGUUAGCUACAAUUGAAUUCACAGCAGUAAAAAAAUCGCCCGAUCUCUCUCCUGUGGUGUCGGAUUGUCGUCGCAUCGCGCUAUGAGAGUGAAGGAAUAGUGAGUGCACCGCAGUCCAAGCAAAUGUGCACAUACUAUAAUAUGUCCUGCGCAGCUGACUGAUCUCCUUAUAUGAGAACAGCCGCCGUGGCCGACAAUCGGUUAGGAGGACAUCAAUCAAAUAUAUGAAUGAAAUGCAAUGAUAUUUGGUGCGAACUGUAAAAUUAAAAUCUUGUAUUUGUUACAUAUACAUGUAUAAUAUAAAUAUAUAUAGGUUAAAAAUAUGUCCAAAAUGUUAUUCAAAAGUUUUCGAAUAUUUUUUAUAAGAGAAAAAGUGUAAUAUUGGUACAAAAAUGUAUUAGGAACUCUAUGUAUAUUAUAUAAAUUAUUAAAAAUAUAUAAAAAAGAAUUUCUCUGAGAGAAAUACGGUUAUAUGUCUGUUGCACAUACGUUGGUUACAAAAUACAAUUUUGUGCUUUUUUAUAACUGUAUUAUUAUUAUUUUUUUCCAGGAAUAAUAAUCAUGUAUCCCAUUUUUCUUCAAAAUUGGCAGCUUUUAACAUUAUAUAUGAAGCCAAUAUUAUAUUUCUUGCUGUUACACCCGCGUCCCGUGGGAACUACUGCCCGUACCGGGAUAAAGUAUAGCCUAUAUUACCUCGGGAAUAGUGUAGCUUUCCAACAGUGAAAGAAUUUUUCAAAUCGGAAGCUACAGUAUCCCUGAGUAACAUAGGCUAUAUUUUAUCCCGGUACGAGCAUUAGUCCCACGGGACGCGGGUGAAACCGAGGAAAAAUAGCUAGCAUUAAAAAAGUCACGAAAUCAAUAUUUCUCUGUCUAAACUCCUAUAAAGUAAAAGGGAUAGCAAAACUCAUUUUUUUAUUUAAAUUGUUAUCAAAUUACUACUAAACAUACGAUAUUUUGAAAGUUUUACAUAAAAAAAAUCGAAGUGCAAUUGUGAAAAAAAUAUUUUUACUGUUUGAAAUCUGUGAAAAAAAUACAGAAUAAAAAGUUGUUCAGAAAUGUGGUAUUUAUAUGUGUAUAGCAUGACAGAAUGUUACACUUUACAAUGUAAGUUUUAUACAUGGAGUUAUGUUUUACAAAAAUAAACAUGUAUAUACCUAACUUUUAAAUAUAUACUACAUCAUAUAAUCCGCAGUAAGAAGUCAGUAAGUCUGACACCAGUCUAACCAUGGGGUUGCCCGGGUAACUGGGUUGAGGAGGUCAGAUAGGGCAGUCGCUCCUUGUAAAGCACUGGUACUCAGCUUCAUCCGGUUAGACUGGAAGCCGACCCCAACAUAGUUGGGAAAAGGACUCGGAGGAUGAUGAUAUAACCCGCAGUCGUAGUAACACUAUUUUUAGCUCAAGAACUGCUGAACUGAAUUAAAUAAAAAUUGGGAGAUGCUGAGGUACAUUCUAUUUGGUUUCAGCCGCUUCCCCUAGGUACAACUUUACGCACCCGGAUAAAAGUGUCCCAAAGGCUUCUAAAUAAUGGAUGUAUUAAUUUUAGGUUCAUGUACUUCUAUGUGUACGUUAACUGUGAAGUUACCUCUCCUAAAAUAAGUAUAAAAAUUUACACUUAACUGAAAUGGGAAUAGUUUCAAUAUCAGUAGUUCCUGAUAUAGCAAUCAAACUCUUCGAUUUUAUUCGCAUACAGAUUGACAUUUCUCAAAAGUUUUAUUUUUGUAAAACAUGACGCUAGAAAAAGUCGUUAUAUUCUGCAAACGAAUACAUAGUUUUAUAAUUAAACUAGUUGUAAGGGAAGUCGCGUGUAUAAAUGAAUAUGUGAUGUUGAGUUUGAAUACAUAAUUUUAGUUACCCAA